AUGGGCAUCAAGAUCGGCCAAUCAGGCUUUGUGCGACUGGACUCGAAGUUCGGAACUCCCUGCUGGCGGCAGGGCUUAGUCGUACAAAAAGCUGAUAAAGGUCAUUGGCGGAUCAUCGUGCCAGUGGCGCAAGAAGCUAGUAGAUCGUCUGCGGCGGCUGCUUUACUGCUGGGUCGACGGUUUAUCUUCGUUGAGGUGGGCGCUGACCAGUUCCUUCGAAGAUGCAACAAGUCAUCCCUCGAGAUAGAUGUCGAUUCAAAGCUACUGCUGGAGGCCGCGAUAGAGCACCUGGACAAGAACGCGGACUUAGUGUUUGCAACGGCGUCAGAGGACGUUCCACCACUCGCGAAGCAGCAAGAGGAGUCAGUGGACGGCUCGUCGUCAGAGGACGGGGAGGACUCGGACGCCAGCAGCAACCUGGGAGAGUUAGUGCGGGACAUGAAAAAAGCAUGGCAGUCGCGUGGUACUGGAGACGAGUCCGAGCCAGACAGGAGCGAGCCCAUGACCGUGAACCCGCUGAAGCAGCCCCACAGGUUCAAGAUGCUCCGCCGCAAAAGGUCUGGUGGAAAAGACAAGCGUCAGCAGGAAGAAGCUUGGUCCCAGGCUGCUGCCGCUGCAAUGGGACAGGGCAAAGACCCCCUGCAAGCGCUUGCAACGCUGCAGCUUCUGAAGCUGACCGCAAAGGAAAGGCACAAAGGCAAGAAGGGGUCAAACCGGUCUCUCAGCUCUUCGUCUUCGACCGCAAGCUCAAGCAGCAGCGAGGGCAACAGAAGACGCAGGGACCCCAGUCUAAAAGGAGCAGCCCGCGCCAUCGGCAACUACCGCCGACUUGGGAAGUCAAUGAAGGCUCACCCCCUCAGGCACAUCAAGCGCUACAUCAAGAACGUCGAGGAAGAUUUGGGGGUCGAUGCAGACCAGCCUUAUCGGCUAACCGACCAUGGCCGCAAGAUCAAUUGGGGAAAGCAAAAGGGCCUGCAGAGGACAUACUACAUGCUCGGAGCGAUUCUCGACCUGAUCUUGAAGGGCAAGUACGAACGUGCAGGACUGCAGGUGGUGCAAUGCCUGAGGGCGGUGCAUCAGGCCGCGAUCAACCAAGGAUCGUGGGACGUUGCAUGGCUUCUCACCAACCUCCCAGAUCCGUUGGCGCGCAGGCGCUUCGGCGGGGAAGAGGAGGGCCUAGAGACCAUUGCUGCCUACGUGAAGAGUGUGCAGGAGCUGGAGAAGCGAACUCGGGACUUCAGAGGCCUGAGGGACACUCCAGGCGACAACAACGACGAGCACGACGAGGAGGCAAAGCCACCCAAGGGUCGCGGACGCGGUCAAGGCCAGAAGUGA